UUUUUCAUUUUUUAAUUGUCGUAGAGCGAAAUGCGUAAGUGGCGUGAAAUUAUUUGCCCGCUGAAAAUUAUUAUAGUUUCUUGGGACAGUAUAAUAUAAUGAAGUUACAUGAUUUUCUAAGUUUUGUGAUAGUUAUUAUAUUGGUUGCCAGAGUAUUUUCAAUAUCGUCCAUCGAUAAAACAAUUUAUUUUAUGGAUGAUGAAGGUCCAGAUAAUCAUGUAGCUGAUAUUUUAUCAUCUAAGAGUUAUUUGCCCGAUGAAAAUAACUUACCAAAGGCUUCCGUUGUAAAAAAUGAAGGAGAUGAUGUAACAUAUUUGUUAUCAAAAUUGUCAGAUGAAGAUUUAAUUAAAAUGUUAAAUGAUCAACCAUCUAAAAAUGAUUAUGAUUUAAGCGAUAUUGCCAAAGUAGCUGCUGGAUUCAACCUGAUCAAAGAGAAUCAAGCAUUGAAUUUAAAAGAAAGAGACUUAAAUAAAAAGAGGCUUUAUGAAAUUUCUGAACAUAAAGAUGAAAGCGUAAUAGACAAAAAACAGAAACAAAUGCCAUUUUUUAGGCUUGAAAAUAAAAAGAUUAGCUUAGAUGCAAAAAAUGACGCUAACUAUUUUGCACUGAAGAAAUUAAAUGAUCUUCUAAAUUCAAAACGGCAUUCAAUUCAAGAUGAUAGUCUCGAUGACGAGAAAAGGGAGUUACUUUUUAAUGUACUUGUCAGCCAAUUAAAAACUCUUUGUUGUAAAAAGACAGAGAAACAGAUCCAAAAAGAAUUUGACACUCAGAAAAUUAAUGACAAAAGGCCGAUUGAAUAUAUGUUUCUUAUACUAAAUGAGGAAAUAAAAAGUAAUGGAAGCAAUGAAGUAAUUUUAGUAGAUCCUGAAACUUUACAGCAAAAUAGUAGCGUUUUAUUGUUAGGACCAAUCACAACAACUCUAACCGAUCGGCAGCUUAAAUUAAUCAUGAAUCGAAUCACAAUGGAACUAUCUAAGCCUGAAUAUAUCACCCUUCUUCAGCAACUCUCAGAAGGCAGUUUAGGUAGAAAUAACGAACGCCUAAUAAAGAAUUUUAUUAAUGGGUCUGAAACUCGUCGGUAUAUAAAACCACAUCGAUGCAACCAUCAAUCAAAGUUAGCUAGAAUUUAUGGCGGGCCGAAGUGGCUAAUUUGUACAGGAUACAUAAAUUUAAAUACUCCAAGCUUAUACGACUGACGUAUAAAGAAAAAUAACGUAUUUAAAAAAAUUACAUCUGUAAUUGGAUAUGAUAUAUAGACACCCAAAUUAUG